AAGUGCAUUUCGGCUUGGCCGAUCAGCGAGCUCUGAGGGAGGGUGUUCUGUAGGGAAAUUUUCCCCUGUCCGCCUUUACCACUUGCAUGUUCUUCUGUGAUAUUUUAUAGAGAAGUCAGUUUUUUCUAAAUACGGCUUUAUCCUUCAGCACCAUUUCCUUUUGGAGUUAUGACUUGGUGGCCCUUGCCACAGUGGCACAGGAUCACAAGCUGAGCUAGUUUGCCAUAGCUGAAAAUGUUUUAGCUAUCAUAUGUGCAGGUAAAAGUACCUAAAAUAGAGUUGCAAACUCGAGGGGAGAGGGGUUUAGCCUGUAUUGUGUAAGUCUUGUUAAUGCCCGAUUUGCAAGUUCCUCUCCUUGCAGGGAAGCGUAUGGGUUUCAUCUAAAAAAGGAAAAAACGUGCCAUUCUCAGGGUGUGAAGCAACAUUUGAGUUUCAUUGACGCAUAUCUCCUUGUGAGGUAAAAAUAAGCUAAACGGCGGCCUCAGGAGACUUGUGGGCAAAACUACUUUUCUCCUUAUAAACAAGGUGAUUUCACAGAGACCCUUAAAAAGAGAACAACUUUAGAUUAAUGUAUCAUAAUGCAAAUCCCUUGUUCCUCUCUGUGAAGAUUGGUUUGCAGAAAUUUUAUCUGCUUUGAUUCUGCCAUUUCCUCUCGCUUGUCCUCAGUAUUUUAUUGAAAGUGAAGAUUUUCUAUUGCAGUCGAGAUAAGAAGUCUCACUUGGAUGUUAAUAAUUAUUGCAUGUGAUAACUAUUACUGUGCAUUCCAUGUAUUCAGAGGGUGUAUUUAUUUCAUCAUACAUCACUUAAAUACACACACUUCAUUUACUGAAAUGUGGAAGGUGCCAAGGACUUCUCUUAAAUGUCUAAUAGCAGUUUCUAUCACCUCCUGGAAGUGUUCUCUCUUUUAAGAAUAUGAUUAUUAAGACACUUUGAGUUGUGUUUCCUUUAUACCACAGACAAUUGUCUUUCAUGAAGAGUGAAGUCCCAUCUAUGAAGGAUUGUUAUUUUGGACAGCAAUAUUUCAGUAUCCUACAUACACAUAAUGAAUUGCAAAACACCCUGGAAUAGGCUACGUAAUGCCUUUCUUAUGUAGUCAGAAUUGGAGAUGGAUUUUUUCCUAGCAGAUGAAAAUAUGCCACUGCAUAUGAUCCUCUGAGUUGGAGUGAAGGAUUUAGUCUCAGUUUUUUUACCUGGUCUGUGGACAAUGAGAAGUCAUGAUCUACUUAUAGGGAUAUGUGAAAGAUGACACAGAAAAGUUGUGUAUUACUACAAGCCCUGAAUAUGCUUCAUGGGGCCCACAAGUACAAUAGCAAACUUCAUGAUCUAUAAAUUGAAAAAGGGUCAAACCUUUUGGCUUAUGGAAUGAAAUAAUGUAGUAACAGUUGAUAAUGUAAGAUGUAGUCUUACCCAGAGCUGAUAUUCCAGCUUCCCACAGUACUGUUUAGCUAUUUCAGUGGUAAUCCGAACCUUAUGAUAUGGCCAUAAACCACUAUUACAUGUUUGGGCUGAACUUGAAGAUCAUCACCUUACUACCUGCAGACAUAGUUUGGUGAUGAGCCUGAUUUAUUUGCUUCUCAGAGAGGGACUGUGAAGAUGUGACAUGGUCAUGCAUACUUCUAUUCUCUUGCCAUGAGCAUAUGUGAUUUUUACUGAAUUGUUUCAUCCUCUUCCAUUCUAUGCAGUUUGUAAGCUAGGAAAAGCUUUGUAUCAUGUCGUUUGUGCUCUUUAAUUUGGGGGCUUACACUUCAGUUAUAGGUUUUAGGCAUUAUUGUGGUACUGGUUUGUAAUGUCAGUCUGUUGUCAUUGCUGUAUAGUGAAGUGUGCAGCUAAACAUUGAUGAAGCAGUUACAGCUGGAAAGCAGUUCAAAGGUUAUGGUUUAUCAUUGCAAACUGCAACAGAACUGCAUCUUCACGAUCUUCUGUGAAAUAAAUGAACAUGCCCUGCAGUAUUGUUAUUAGUGCUAACAUUUUGUAAACAGAGGUAAAAUUUUAAUACUCUAAGCUUAGGGCUUCAGUAACAAGGUAUUGUUAAAAUUUAAACUAGAUCACACUUGAGAGUGUGAAAGAUAGGCUUGUGCCAGCCAACCAUUUUUCUUCAUCUUGUAUAUAGUGUUCAUAUAUUUCUUCCUUAAAUUGAGGAGUUUUCCAAAACCAGCCUGUCAAACCAUCCAGCUAAGAGCAAGGUUUAAGGAAAUAAAAUGUUAGGUAUUCAUCAAAGGAUUCUCCUAUAUGUGUACAAUAGGUAGAGUAUACAUUAUGUUUUGAACUGUGCUCUGUGAGUUUUUGUGAUGUUUGAAGAAUUGUGAAAAACCUUCCUGUAGUGUUCUGUACUCUUUUUACACUGUUCCCUGAGCACUGGACAGUAGUUAAUGCUGGAAAGACAGCUAUUUGGUUAGACAAAUAAUAGCAUGAUCCAGGAAGGAGAGUCCUGUGUCAUUCUUCUUUUAAAGGAGAAUGUUGCAAUUGAAAUUAUUUCUAGAUUUUUGGGGGUUUUUUUAAAACACUCCCAAUGCUGACUUAAGCUCUGCAAGACCCACUUCCAGUAUUUUUGCUUAUGAACAUGGGAUGUUACUUUGUCUCCACAAGUGGAGUCAGUAAUUUUAUUUCUCACUUCUCGUUUUAGGAGCACUGCUCCUCAGUUUAUUGUGUGUGUGUAAAAGGCUGUAGAAGCUGAGGUAAGAAGACCUGAGGAGAGCUGGUACAGCUCUGUUCAGGGGAAUGGUGCUCUCGUAGAGCAGAGCUAGCUAGGAAAUCAAUACCUUUCCUAAACACCUGAGAAAGUUCCUUCCUGCUGGAUGCAAAGGUUGCACUGCUCUGGCAGGGAAUUUGCAGUGAGUCUGUCAAGUUUGCAUCCUUUAUCUAAAUGGUGGUGAAGGGAGGGAUUCUUUGAUACUUUGUACCCCUGCAGCACAAGGCACAUUUAAAUUCAAUGGCUCUUCCACCUUGUCUCUGUGCACAGCUGCUUACUUACACUGAAAGCCUGGAGAAGGGCCUGUUGGCCCACAAGUAUGGUUGUGGAAGCUGUGUGCUUCCUGAAAGUGAAUGACAGGAUUAGUUGUUCCAUUUUACAGAAUGUUAAAGUGUGCAGGAGGCCAUUACUGAUUUUUCCAGAGACUGGAGGUGGGGCUGCUGCCAGAGGGCACCAGGAUAGGACUUUAAGAGCUUUGGGCACACCUCAGGGAAUCAUUGUGUGCUCUCCCCAUCUGUUGAGGUCGGGCUCAGCUGGCCAUGGUGCAGUGUGUGGGCUCCAUUCUCAGCAGACAGUUGUGCUGUCCUUUCCCACUGUACUGCAUGUAAAUCAGCCCAGGGCAGUGGAAGCAGAAGUCUGUGGUACAUCUCCCUUUCUAGACUAAAACUUGAAUUCUGCGUGGUUUUCAUGUUUUUGCUCAUGUAAUUCUGUUGUCUUUGCCAGGUGGUGUUCAGCCACCAUCGGUGAUAUUUUGGCAGUGGUGGUGUGCUCACUGGUGUGAAAGCCAUCUUUUUUCACAGCAGUUCUGCACUCUUAGCUUAAAGGUCCCAAGGUCUUGAGUCCCGAGGACUCUGCUUUAUGAGUUUUGCUGGAUCCUCUCCUUUGGGAGUGCUGUCUCCUACAAGCCCCCACCUGUGCUUCAGGAGCUGUACUCACACACAAACAUGCAGUUGACCUAGUGAAUAUGUCAGCAGUGCACUGUCCAUGUUCUCCAUAACUAGGAUAUCAUCCUUUCACUGCUAGAGACUUCCUUAUUUAUGCAGGUAGCCAUAACACUAUUAGUCAAGCACUGAGCACAUCUCCAUUCAAUUGUAUCACUGCUGCUGAACCACAGUUUAAAGCUGCUAAUUUUAUAGUUUAGGGCUGGGAUCCCUCAGCCUAGACAUUGUUUCAAUCUUAAUGACGUUUCUGGGGAAGGUGAUAGAAUAAAGUCUUUGGAGACUGCAAUUUUGGUUGAAUUUUUCUAAGAUGACUGCAAAACUGUCAUCUUCAGUUCUGGUAAAUGCACUUUGCAGAUCCUCUUUUUGGAUGCCAAAUUUUAGGCAUUGCUCUCUGCUUUAAUUGGAAAAAUUUGCCUUUGCUUGCUUCAUGAUGGAGAUCAGUUGGAAAUGUUGACAUUUCUGAAGAGUCAAACUGGAAUUAGAAGACAAUUUGUUAACAAGAUUUUAAAUGCUCAGCUCUGGAAUUUACCAUGGGCCUCUGCUGUAAACCUCAAUUUUGGGUAAACUUCUUCACAGGUAAAUGGAAAAAUUAAAUUUAGACGUAAAAGUUUCCUUGAGAUUGGUGGAAGUCACACUGGUUCAAUUUGCAUCUAGCCUUAGAAAGCUGUUAACAUUUUUAAGUGCUUUUGUGCCAGAGCACAGAAAUGCAUGAGUCUGUAGGUACAAGCUGUCUCCAGAGAAUUAUGGGAGAAGUCAACUUUGGUGAGCAUAUUUUGGACUGUCUUAUGACUAACACUAUUGUAUUAGCUCUUUCCCUCUGAAGAGAGUGUUUGUCAUUCCAAAAAUUGUUGGGAAAACUUUCUGUGACAGUUUAGAGAAAGAACCCUAACAUGGCUUUGUGAAAUGUCUGAAGCCUGAAGGACAGAGUGGCUAUGGUGUGAGCACUGGGGCUGAUGUUCUCUUAGCUGCAUGCAUGUUUUGCAGGCAGUUUGCUUUCUGCUGCAAUGAGAGCAAAUAUCUAACACCACGGGGGCCAUAGUGACUUCCUGUAAGCAUUGUGUGACCUCAUUUAAAUAAAGGAUUUUGUUAUUUUAGGUGUGCUGUUUGGUGUCUGCUCCACUUGGGCAUGUAAUGAUCUGCAGUUGUGUUGCAGAGACCCUAUAAUUGCCUAAAAUUAUUUUAACUUUUAGUGUGAGAGUGAACUCCUCUUUUCAAGCUAGUUUGUUUUGAAGGAGCCCCUGGAGAAUAUGACGUGCUGAUUGUGUAUGCGAGGGACGCCACUGAAUGGUGUCAGUACCUCCAGAACCUCUUCCUCUUUACUUGGCAUGUUCGACAGCAUCGCAUUCUGAGCUACCAGCUGGAAGACGACUCUGCCAUCUCCCACCAGGAGCUGGACCUGUUCAGCAGAAGUCGGAGUAUCAUCCUUCUGCUUUCUGCUGAGCUGGUGCAGAGCUUUUAUGUUCCUCACAUCCUGCAGAGCCUUCAGGAAGCUUUAUGGCCCCCGUACAAAGUAGUCAAGCUGUUCUGUGGUGUUACGGACUGUGACGACUAUUUGACCUUUUUCAAGGACUGGUCUCAGUGGCAAGAACUCACAAAUGAUGAUGAGCCUGAUGCUUACCUUGCAGCUGUCAAGAAGGCUAUUUCAGAAGAUUCAGGCUGUGACUCUGUGACUGAUACAGAAACAGAAGACGAGAAGAAUCCUGCUGACUCCCACAGACUUGCCAUGAGUGAAGAACAUGAAUCAUCCAAGAGCACUGGGGACCGUCCAUUGGUGCAGCCCAACCGCAUACAAUGUGGGGUGCAGACAACAGUUUAUAUUAUCAUGAAAUGUAAACUAGAUGGUGAAAUGAAAACUGAAGUUGAAUUUUCUCCAGAGAAUGCAUCCUCUGUGCGUGUGCUGGCUGAGAUGGAGAAUGAAUACACAAUCUCUGUGAAGGCUCCAAAUUUAACCUCUGGGACAGUGCCCCUGAAGAUAUAUUCAGGGGACUUGAUGGUGGGAGAAACAAGUGUCACUUACCAUACUGACAUGGAGGAAAUCAGCAAUCUGUUAGCUAAUGCAGCCAACCCUGUACAGUUCAUGUGCCAGGCCUUUAAAAUUGUGCCAUAUAGCAUAGAAGCCCUGGACAAACUGUUGACUGAGUCACUCAAGAAGAACAUUCCUGCCAGUGGUCUACACCUGUUUGGAAUCAACCAGCUGGAAGAAGAAGAUAUGACAGCAAAUCAGAGGGAUGAAGAGUUGCCAACACUGCUUCACUUCUCUGCAAGAUAUGGGCUGAAGAACCUUACUGCCUUGCUGCUUACAUGCCCUGGAGCACUGCAGGCCUACAGCGUAGCCAACAAGUAUGGCCACUAUCCAAACACCAUAGCAGAAAAGCAUGGCUUUAAGGAUCUCCGCCAAUUCAUUGAUGAAUAUGUGGAAACUGCAGAUAUGCUAAAGAGUCACAUUAAGGAAGAGCUGAUGCAAGGCGAGGAAGAUGAGUCUGUUUAUGAGUCCAUGGCUCAUCUGUCCACUGAUCUGUUAAUGAAAUGUUCCUUGAAUCCAGGCUCCGAUGAAGAGCUUUAUGAAUCCAUGGCUGGAUUUGCCCCCGGUGCCCCAGAAGAUCUUUAUGUAGAGAUGCUUCAAUCCAAACCAGACACUGCAGUUUCUGGAGAUGAAGUUUCUAUAACUACGAAAGACUCGAUGCUCCGCAAGUUUUUAGAAGGUGGUAGCAUGGAUGUGCCAGAUUCUGAGGAAGGAGGUCACGAGCAGUAUGGUGAAGAUGUGUACUACUCCGUGGAACAAGACCCUUUUCCACAGGAAAUGGCUAACAGGCCUCCAGUUCCUGUUCCAAGACCAGAAUCUAGCUCUCCACAGCCAGACAAUGAGCUGUACAUCUCCAAAAUUUUUGCACAGAAGGCUCAAAGACCUGAGAAUCUUUAUGUCCCUAGAGGAAGGGUUAAGAAAGAGACAAUAGUGAGGCCUGUAAGGGACCUGUCUCAAUCAAGUAUUUAUGAUCCAUUUGCUGGAAUGAAAACCCCAGGUCAGCGGCAGCUGAUUACAUUACAGGAGCAAGUGAAAAUGGGCAUGCUCACUGUGGAUGAAGCUGUACUUCAUUUUAAGGAGUGGCAACUGAACCAGAAAAAGAGAUCAGAAUCAUUCCGGUUCCAGCAGGAAAAUCUGAAACGUCUACGAGACAGCAUAACCAGGAGGCAAAUGGAGAAGCAAAAAAAAGACAAAAGUGCAGAUUUGGAAAUUACAGUACCCAUUCGACAUUCUCUUAAUACUUUGGGGAAGCCAGAAUGUGGAAUAUAUGAAUAUACCCCCAGGAAAAAUGUUUUUCCACAAAAAAAGGAGUUAAAACGAGGAGACUGGAAAACAGAAAGCACAUCCAGCACAACAAGUAGUGCAAGUAACCGCUCCAGCACUCGGAGUAUAUUGAGUGUCAGCAGUGGGAUGGAAGGGGACAGUGAGGACAGUGAAGUCCCAGAAACAGCAAGGAGCCGCAGCCCAGUUUCUCACCAAGCAGAGAGGCUUCCUUUCCCAGAAAGGCCUCCCAGAGUGCCUCCUCGAGGUGCAAGCAGGCCUGUAAGCUGUGAAAGCUUUUAUCCUCCACCUGUGCCACCAAGAGGUCGCUGAAUCUCAACGUCUGUGGAAUAUGAGAUAUUUUUUUCUGUUUAUAUAUGUCUUUGUACAGAUAUUUUUUUGGCUGUCUUAAAUUAUUUAUAGGUGGGACCCAAAUGAUUUCAUCCCCUUUAUCCUCCCUGAAGCUCUGGUGACUUUUCCCAUGAUUUUGACAGGGACUUUUUUGCAUUCGGUAACUUUUUUUUAGUUGGAAGAAUUUUGGUGCUUUGGGGUUUCAAGAAAAGGUGUCAUCAUUGGGAAGAACUUUGAUGUGUGUCUUGGGAGCCCUGCACCAACAUGAAGAUGCCAUUUGAUCAAGAAA